AUGGCGUCCGCAAGCGAUAGGAGUGGAGACGAAGAGCCUGGCCUCUGGAGUCUCCUGACGCUCUUUCCAUUCUGCUACGUGCAGAGCAGUGCCUCUGUGGUCGGUGAGACGAAGGUUGUCCACCUUCGCAGUGAUGUGCCGGAUCAUUUGCCAAAGCCAUCGCACGACCUUGCAGAACAUGACACCAUCGACACUACGCUCGGGCCUAGCCGCAACAAGCCAAAGUCCCAGCCCAACCUAAUGACUCCGCGGCAGCACUGCUUCAAAGAGGCCGUUCAACUACCGAAGCUUCUCAGAUACCCAUCUUUGCCCAAAGACUUCUUUAUGGAGGAUGGGAACGAGGAGCAACAAGAAAAGGAGCUUCUGCUGAAGAUGUUCCAGGAUUUCGCCUUGGACAUGCACAGGGGCAGAUAUUUGACGCAACUGGGUUCGAACCAAGACUACUCCGUCAUACACUGUCAGGUGAUGGACGACCUUCAGACACUGAAAGUGGAUCAAGGGAACGGAUGCAUUAUCGAGUUCCCCUUGACCGGCGUCUCCAAGGUCUAUCGCAUUGUGAAGACGGAUGAGCGUUUGCUGAGCACCUCAACGACGACCACCUCGGUGAAUGUUGAGCACAUAGUGGUUGUGGAGUUUAUGCGUCGGAAGCUGGCAUUCGUCUUCGCGGAAGUGGCCGAAGCCCAGCGCUUCUUAAUUUGCAUCGAACUCCUUAUCAGACGAGCUCAGGAGACGCGCGAGGCGAAUCCUUUGGAUGGGCCUUUGCGUGUACAGGCAGCCGCUCCCCAAUCGCGCUCAUCACCAGGGCGUCUGGUGCGGCCCCUGCUGAGCUCCUCUCCAGAGGUUAAGCCCAUCACAGGUGUGGAGUGUGUCUGUAAACAUCCGGACGAGUGA